CCUCAUCUAACGUUUCGCUUAGCUCCGCCCCUUCGCACAAUAGACUCUCCCAAGUCUUAUCGUUCAUCAAGACUGUGACCCUACUAGCUCCACCCUCUUGUUUUUAGGCCUGUCUUCUACCCAAUCUAAACUAGCACCCGCCCCAGCUGAUGCCUGAAUAAAAAGGAGAGAAUCAAUGCUGCGCGCCUAAGCAAUGUGGAGCAGAUGCCUAAGCAAUGUGGAGCAGAUGCUUAAGCAAUGUGGAGCAGGGAGGGUGGAGGUGGUCAGAAGAGAACAGCUCUCCACGCCCCAACCUUCCACACGUGGCUCUCUCGCCGAGGGCCAAAGCGCAUGCUCCACCACUAGACCGGCCCCAAUGUUCUCACGCCUACGCCCGGGGGGGCGUCAUUGCGCAUGUGCAGCUGCUUACUGCUAGCCCUUCGUACAUUAAUACGGCCUUUGAUAGGCUGACGUUCAUGAGCAACAGCACCGGACAGAAUAAUUCCAAAAGGAAAAAAAAAAACAAAAAACAAAACCUCUCUGGGGGCUAGUGCGCAGGCGCAACCGUAUGCAAGCCAUCUUUAAACGCCAACGCUGGAAAAAGGCACCCUCCCCCACUACCGACCCGAGUGCGCAUGCCCGGCCGCGCGCCCAUGCGGUCUUCCCUCUUCUGCGCCUGCGCGACCGUGAUCCCUCACUCUCGUCUCCCCAACCCCCCAGGUCUGGUCGUGAGGGCCGCGAGCUUCGAAAAGGCGGGAAAGGCGGUUGGAGAGCGAGAAGCGGUUACUUACUCCAUGGCUCUGGAAAGGAGAGGCAGCGGCGGCCUCGGCUGAAUAAAGAAGGCAGGAGCGAAAAGAAGAGCGCAGGCGCGGAAGCUCUUCACAUCUGGGUGUUCACAGCCCCUCCUGCUGUGCUAAGCCUUUGCUGCACACUCUUCCUUCCUCACCAGCUUCCAGCCGCUCUCAACAAAGUGAAAGUACAGACUGAACAUUUGGAAACUACUGGAAAUUAGAAAGGAGGCAAUCCGCGUGCAGUCCCACCACUCAGAGACAGCCCCUGUCCACAGCUCGGUGCAUUUCCUUCCUGCUCUGGAAUUUUCUUCAUAGUUCUGUUUUCCACAGCUGAGUUCACAUUGCACUGGUUGCAGACGCUGACGGAUUUGCUUUGGGAGCCGGAGUAGCUGCUGCCACCAGAGUCUGGAGCCAUGAGCGGGUUUAAUUUUGGAGGCACUGGGGCCCCCACAGGCGGGUUCACAUUUGGCACUGCAAAGACAGCAACAACCACCCCUGCCACCGGGUUUUCUUUCUCUACGCCUAGCACUGGUGGGUUUAGUUUUGGGACUCCCUCCCAACCAGCUGUGAGUACCUCUUCUACCAACCUAUUCUCACUUAACACCCAAGCGCCAGCGACACAGACCCCAGGAUUCAGUUUUGGAAGCACAACUGCUGCUGGAGGAACUGGAUUUUCCUUAGGGCUCAACGCUCCAAAGCUAAACUUGAGCAGCACAGCUGCUGCCCCGGCCCCAGCGCAGCCCAGCGGCUUUGGGCUCGGCAGCAGCACCCUCACCAAUGCCAUCUCAAGCACCGUCACCUCCAGCCAGGGCACAGCCCCUGCUGGCUUUGUGUUCGGCUCCACCACCACCUCUGCUGCUCCAUCCACCACACCUGGGGGCUUCUCAUUCACAGGUGGAAGCACGUCCCAGAGUGGGGGGACCUCCAGUUUCAGUAUUGGGUCGAUGGGGAGUUCGGCCCAGCCCACAACACUUGCCGGGUUGUCCUUCACUCCAGCCACACCGGCAGCUACUGGAGCGGGAGCCACACAGCCAGCUGCUCCCACACCCACUGCUGCCACCACCAGUGCUGGGCCCACCCUCUUUGCCUCACUAGCCACUGCUCCAACCUCGUCCACCAGCACCGGCCUCUCCCUUGGUACCCCAGCAACCACAGCUGGCACGUCAGGGGCUGGAACACUGAGCUUCAGCUUAAAGGCUCCUGGAGCAGCUUCUGCCACGUCCAUAGUCACGUCUACCACCACCACCACAUCCACCUCCACCUCCAGCUUUGCCUUGAAUCUAAAACCCUUAGCACCAGCUGGGAUCUCUAGCAAUGCACCGUCCGCCAUAACCGCUCCCACCGGCCCAGGUGCAGCCACCGGGGUGUCCUCCAGCCCUGUGAUGACCUACGCCCAGCUGGAGAGUCUGAUCAACAAGUGGAGCCUGGAGCUGGAGGACCAGGAGCGGCACUUCCUGCAGCAGGCCACGCAGGUCAACGCCUGGGACCGCACACUGAUUGAGAAUGGGGAGAAGAUCACCAGCCUCCACCGUGAAGUGGAGAAGGUGAAGCUGGACCAGAAGAGGCUGGAUCAGGAGCUGGAUUUCAUCCUGUCUCAGCAGAAGGAGCUGGAAGACCUGCUGAGUCCGCUGGAGGAGUCCGUCAAGGAGCAGAGCGGGACCGUCUACCUGCAGCACGCGGAUGAGGAGCGCGAGAAGACCUACAAGCUCGCCGAGAACAUCGAUGCGCAGCUGAAGCGCAUGGCACAGGACCUCAAGGACGUCAUCGAGCACCUGAACACAGCCGGCGGCCCUGCCGACAGCAGCGACCCACUGCAGCAGAUAUGCAAGAUCCUGAACGCGCACAUGGACUCAUUGCAGUGGGUCGACCAGAACUCCGCCCUGCUGCAGAGGAAGGUGGAGGAGGCAAGCCGGCGGUGCGAGGGGCGGCGCAAGGAGCAGGAGCGCAGUUUCCGCAUCACGUUCGACUGAGCCCCUGCCGCGGAGCCCCGGCUACUCAGCGGGGUGUGCAGUCAUCAUUGUCUAUAGUUUUUGUUUGCCAUGAAAUACUCGUCUAUUCCUUUCAAACAGUUGUGCUGUUGAGAGAACUGUUCUGUGGUUAGACUUUUCGCAUUAGUAAGUAGAAAUCAUCUUAACACCCUGGUUGGGGCGGCAGCCUAAGAGGAGUGCUUUCUCUGUGUAUCUUUUGUGUAUCCCAGACCCUUUCUCCUGCUGCAACCGCCCACCCCAUCCUGCUCCCUCCAGCCAAGCGCUGAAAGCCAUCAGUCUCCCUCGCAGGGCUCCCUGGUUGGCCUCUGUCCAACGCAGGCAUAGGUGCAGUGCAAGACUCUGUCUUUGGGGAUACAGCAGCAUAGUGGGAGAGAUGUCCAUGUAGAAAUUAACCCCCCAUGCAAAGUGACUUGUGACUAGAACAGACCGUGAGAUGGAGAAUUCCACAGGAGACAGGUCAGAUGAGAGAUUUGAACGGGGUGUUGGAAAAAGGGUCAGACGUGAGCCAAGGGGCCUUCACGUUGCCUGCCAGACACGCCUCCUUGUCCUCCGGUCUCCUUAUCUUAGGCCUCCCCCUGGCCACCCCACAGCUGUGUCAUAUGGCCAUCCUGCAGCCCCCUCACCACACUGAGCUUGCACCUUUGGUAAUGCUUUGGCCACACUGUAUUAUGCCGACUGUUUACUUCUCUCUGCCUCACCGGUAGAUUGUGAGCCCCUGUGGGCAGCAAGUGUUUCUUGUUCCCCUUUGUGUCCUCAGCACAAUCCCUGUCACAUUUAUGGAAUGAACAACAGAGAUGAAAUCCGCCGUAAAACAAUCCAUAGAAUGCCUGCUGAAAUGGCCAUGGCAGCCACGGACUUGGCUCUGAACUUGGCAGUGCUAAAGUAAACCUGGUCAAUUACAUGGACAUCAGGUGUCUUUCAUAUUUGUCUUUCCACUUUGCUGCACUCUGAAAUGCCUAGGACUGUAUCUCGCUUUCCUGAAUGAAAUAAAAUUUAUUGUGGAACAAA